AUGGAGCACCUGACUGUGAUCAGCGACCACAUGGACACCAGUAACGGAGUCGCUCCGGCGAUGGUCGACUCCUCCCCCACAGUGUCCUCUGUGUCGCCCAUGCUGCACGCCAAGCCGGGCGGCCACGCCAACGGGCGCUCGGGCUUGGGCAGCCGGUCCGGCUCGUUAGCGCCGGGCUCGCCCCGCCCCUCGCUCACCCGCCGGCCCAGCGGCUUCAUAGAGGGCCCGGUGGACGGGUCCAAGCCGCGGGACUACCUGAUCCUGGCCAUCCUGUCCUGCUUCUGCCCCCUGUGGCCAAUCAACAUCGUAGCACUCACCUUCUCUGUGAUGUCCAGGAACAGUCUUCAGCAGGGGAACCUGGACGGGGCUCGUCGUCUGGGCCGGAACGCCAUGAUCCUGUCGGUGGUGUCCAUCUUGGGAGGAAUCGCCAUCAUUGCUGCAGCCAUCGCCCUCAACUGGGGCUGUAAGGAACUGCAGGCUCUUUGA